AUGCUCUCAUCAUUCACAACAAAACUCGCCCUCAAAAAAGCAGGCAUACCAAGCGACAUACUCGACUUCUCGGAAAAGAAGCGCGAGCCAAACAAACUCCGCAAAAACCCACCUCAGCCCUCGGAUGAAAAUGAUGCAGAAUCGGGCUGGGGGUCUUGGAUGUCCAUCCGCUCUCUUCCUCUGACUGUGCAGCCGUGGUUGACUCCUCCGCCUGCAGCUGCUGCCGUUGGGCGUCUGCCAGGGAUUGGUGAUAAAGCCCCCUUGGAUAAAUCUCAGAAACUCCGGCUAGGUGGGGGGAAGAGAGUGUUGCUUGUGUUUUUACGUUGCGUUGGCUGUGCAUUUGCUCAAAAGACAUUUAUAAAUCUCCGCACAAUGGCAAACCGCUAUGGAGACGCACUAACAUGUAUAGCCGUAUCUCACGCCUCAGAGCAGGCAACCCAUAAGUGGAUAACACUCCUCGGCGGCGCAUGGAGCGUACGCGUGAUAGUCGAUGAGGAGCGAGCCUUGUACGCAGCAUGGGGUCUAGGCACGAGCAGCAUGUGGUACGUCCUCAACCCAACGACGCAGGUCCAGAGCUGGAAAGAGAAGGGCUGGCUGGGAGAGAAAGUCGCGGGGGCGAUACAGGGGAAGGAACCUGCCAAGAAGCAGCCAAAUACUACCGUGAGUGCGGUUGGGGAGGAUGAAGAAGAUGAUGGGCCUUUGACGACUAUGGGAAAUAAGUGGCAGGAAGCCGGUGCUUUUGCUGUUGACGGCACGGGGACGGUGAUUUGGGGUGGGAAGGCUGCGAGAGCGGAUGAUGUUAUGGAACUUGAAGAUGGAGCGAGGAUUUUGCUGGCGUAA